AUGAAUAGAGGUACCUUGAAACACAAGCUUCUCAAGUCGUGCAAGAAGAUCCUAAUAAAUCUCUUCAAAUUCCGAGUACCCCACAAGCCGCUCUUCAUACGAGCCCUCCGGUUCCAUCGCAAGAGACCCAGAAACGAAACUCGAGCCACCACAAAAGAAAAACGCAUCCCGAGAAUCGUGUCGGUCUUGACUUCACUUAGGCGGGCCCGGAAAGGGGAACGGGUCGCGGAUCUCAAGAGCUUUUCGGAUGCCGGUUAUCAUCAAACGGCACCACACCCUUCGCCAAUCACGCCCGCGUACGUAAGGUUGUUGGGCCGAACCCAAAAGGAUGCUUCGGAUUAUGAACAUGAUGACGACGUGGCGGACGAGUCGUGCAGGAGCUUCGAGAAGCACUUGGUAGAAAUGAUCGUGGAAGAAGGGAAGAUGAAGGGGUUAGCGGAAGUCGAGGAUCUUUUGUACAGCUGGAAGAAUCUGAGGUGUCCUGUUUUCAUCGGUUUGGUGGGCCGGUUUUACGGAGAGCUUUGCAACGAUUUGUUCUAA